CUUGCUUCUUGUCCAUGAAUCAAAGAACUCAAAGGACAAGAAUGUAUCGCCUAGUGUUGAGAAAAAAAGUGAAGCUUGUUAAAGUUUCAAUGCAUAGAAAUCUUUGUACUCUGCGAAGGAUCGUUCCAGGUUGCGAGGAGGCUGAUUUAGAAACCAUGUUUCAGAGGUCUAUCGAGCAUAUUAUCAAAUUAAAGUCACUAGUUUAUGCUCUCAGAAGCCUUGCAAACUCCUAUGGUGUAUGACUGGAUUUAUUCCUGGAAUUAUCUACAAUUGCAUCAACUGUAAGUUUCAAUUUCUUGUAACAUAGAAUUGGCCAAGCAGAAUAUAUUUCUGAAGCAUCCUAAGUGUAUUUUAGACAACAAAUGUCAAGGCAUAUUAUCAUUUAUCUUUCAG